AUGACAAAACUCACUGUUGAUGCCGACUACGAUGUCGGCGAAACGUUUGAGAAUGUACCAAGUCCACUUUCUGAUGCUGGGAAUCAUGAUAACUACUAUUGCAGACGAUUUCCUACUAGACCUUCCUUCAUAUUUUUCGUCAGCUAUCUGAAAGAAUCAUCACAGCUUGAACCCAUUAUUAUGAACCUCAAC